AUGACGCCUUCGCUUGCUAAAGACCCAGUAUCAGAUCCAGAAAUUCGUGUCAAGCAGGCUUUUAACGAGAAGACACACCAUGGGCUAAUUUACCAGUACAACUACGCAGCCUAUCUCCCAGUCUACGACAACAACACUACAUUCCCACCCACCGAACCCUUCGAGUUCGCGGACAAAGGUACAUUAGCUGAAGCAACCAAGCCUCACCUCUUCAAUACCAGUGACCCAAAUGUCUCCAUCACCAAACUUACUCCUGGAGUCGGCACUGAGAUCAGAGAACUACAACUCAGCAAGCUAAGCGAUGCGCAGAAGAACGAGCUGGCGUUAUUGAUUGCUGAACGAGGGGUUGUCGUUUUUCGUGGCCAGGACUUCAAAGACGUUGGCGCACAGAAGCAGAAAGAAUUUGGAGAGUACUUUGGGAAGUUGCAUGUCCACCCUGUUGGAGCACACGUCCAAGACCACAUCGAACUCCACAACAUCUACCUCGGGCCAGAUAACCUCUACCGUGAUUGUCAUCUUUCGAUCCUCCCAAGUUUUCACAAUCCGAAAAUUCGCCCCAAAUCAACUCGUCUCACAACAACAGGCUACCACUCCGAUGUGUCAUACGAGCAUCAACCGCCCGCCAUCACCAUUUUGACACUGCUCCAACCGAUCCAGAAAUUGUUGGAGGGGCUAAGAGCUGAACACUCUGGACAUCCUCAAGCGGAGGGGGCGAGGAGAGAUGGAAAGUUCGUGAGGAGAGAACCGGUUAUUUCGAAGCACCCGAUUGUGAGGGUUCAUCCCGUCACGGGCCAGAAAGCUUUGUUCAUUAAUCCGGGAUUUACGAGGAGAAUUGAGUGGUUGAAAGAAGAGGAGUCGGAUGCGUUGUUAAAGUUGCUGUUUAAGCACAUCUCUCAUGGACAGGUCCGUGUGAAGUGGGAAGAUGGUACCGUUGCACUUUGGGACAAUAGGGUUACGGCUCAUACCGCUAUCUCGGAUUAUGAUGUUUCUAAUCCGGAAGAGGGGUUGAGACAUGGCUUCAGGAUCACAACCCUGGGCGAGAGACCAGUUGGCGUGAACGGGUUGGAGACAGUUUGGUGA